CCUGGGUGGAAGCAGCAUGGCGCGCGUGCGUGCGGAGCUCCUUCACAAACUCCACUUUAUUUGCACUUAGUUCGUCUUUAGAUUCACUUUAUAACUGGGGACGUGAACGUAUUAAAGCUGGAAUAUAAAUCGCAGGAUGGACGAAGGGAAUAAACUUCAAUUCCCGUCCCUGCCAGUCGCCAAAGAAGAGCAGCUGGAUUGGGCAUAUCCAAUGAGAAGAGAGAUGCAGGAAAUCCUCCCAGGCUUGUUUCUUGGUCCCUAUUCAGCUGCUAUGAAGAGCAAGCUCUCAGUACUGGAGAAGCAGGAAAUAACUCACAUUGUGUGUGUACGACAAGACAUUGAGGCCAACUUCAUAAAGCCAAACUUUCCCUCUAAAUUUAGGUACCUUGUUUUAGAUAUAGCAGAUAACCCUGUGGAAAAUAUAAUUAGAUAUUUCACAAUGACUAAAGAAUUUAUUGAUGGAUGUUUAAAAUCAGGAGGGAAGGUACUUGUUCACGGAAAUGCAGGGAUAUCAAGAAGUGCUGCCUUAGUUAUUGCCUACCUUAUGGAAACAUUUGGUGUAAAAUACAGAGAUGCCUUUAAUCAUGUACAGGAGCGACGAUUUUGCAUUAAUCCUAAUGUGGGUUUUGUUCAUCAGCUACAGGAAUAUGAAGCAAUAUAUCUUGCCAAGUUAACCAUCAAGAUGAUGUCACCCAUUCAGUUGGGCAGAUCUUACUCCAUCCAAGCUGGGAUGCCAGGAAGCCUAAAGCGAACACUAGAGGAGGACGAAGAUUUCGGGAGUAUGCAAGUUACACACGCAGCACAAAACGGAUAGGCUUUACUAAUACGUGCUUUACUGCAGCGGACGUUUCUUUUUACAUUUUUAUUGGGAUUAAAAAUGUAAAUAUUUGUACAGGGGGGAGGGAGUGACUGCUCCUUGUGACUCUUGGAGUUGGGGAAGAUUUGAUUUUUUUUUUUUUUUUUAGCUGUAUGCACUGAACUUUUUUGCAGUUUUAUAGUAUUUAAAGCAUUUUGCAUUUGCAGCGGGACAGUAUUGCAAUAAUGCACUUUUGAUACUUGAACUACU